CUCUUUGUAUUUAGGGUUUUAAUCUGGUCCUGUUUCCGCAAAAGAUCUCAGAAAAGAUCUCCUAAGUUCCACUACUAAAGCUGCCAUGCCAAGGCGAUCUUCAAGCAUCAGGAAUUACAGGCAGAGUUGACAACAACGAGCGAAUUACUCUGGAAGACCUCUGCAACACCUGCUGGCUGCGAUAACAUUCCUAUUUCAUGACCGUCAACGCCUGUGCAGCAAGCACUGAUAGCAGAAUCUUACUUUUGGGCGAGGACGAUAACCUUUGAGAGGCAAAACAGGUGAGCGUAAGGAAAACUCUACACUUGUAUUCCGCUUCAUAGAUGAACUUUUUUAAUGUUUGAGCAGAGAAGUUUUGAUGUAAACAUGUGAUUGCAUACACCAUUGUUAAAAAGAUUUUGUUUACAUCAAGAUCUUACUGUUAGUGUAUGCGUGCUGUACCUCUCCAAGGUCAAAGAAUGUGAAGCCUUUUUUCUCGCUUUUUUUUUAUCAAGCCGGGCUUGCCUUCUUGUUGCCCGCAUUCAAGAAGAAAUUGUGGUUUAUCCUCAGUGUAUUUUUGGAGAAUGAAUAAUGUUAUUUUUUUAUUUAAAAGUCUUUAAUUUUAAUGAUAAGACUUGAUCGAAGAGACUCUUAUUUGAUAUUAUAAGUAUAAUGCUAGGUAAUUCUUGAAGCUAGCUCUGGUCCUUGCCAGCUAAAAACAAAAUAAGUUGUUCUGUUAUUUUCUCAAGGGGAUUAAAUGUCCUGUAGUAAAGAUCUUUUAGGAUUGAUCAGCUAGCUUGGAACCAUUCUUUGUGAAAUUUGCUUCAAAGAUAAGUUAAUGUCAACACGUCCUAAAAGGUUGACGUGUCCCAGGUGAAAUUAUUAGGGAAAGCUUACAAGGCUCCAAACCAUGUGCCUUUUGAAGUAGCAUCUUGGCAAUCUAGAGUUAUAAAUUGGAAGAAAUUAGAAAAAGAGGGAGUGAAAAGAAAACAGUAAUCACCAAAGAAAAAAAGUGCUAUGUUGCAUGACAUGUCUGGAAAUUGCUUAUUGAAAUUCUAGCAAUAGCUAAUACAACUGAAGACAAAUUGUGGCAAAUUCUUUAUAAAGAAAAUUUAAGGGUAUCUGCAGUAAUGUUGUAGGUAAAUGUUCAUGUACUUAAAAUUUGACCACAAACACUAUGUUCAAUUUAGAUCGCUAAAUUGACAACUUUCUUGGUAAAUUUACUGCCCAAAAAUAUGUCCUACCAAAACUGUAGCAGCUGGGAGCACUGGUUUAAGAUCUCAUGUUUGAAAAUGACAUGCUAAUUAUUAUUUUGCACUCAUUGAGUAGAACUGUGUGUUAAGUUCCUACUACAUAGUUGGCAGGUUCAUCAAAAGGGGCAUUUUUGAUCAUAGCCGGAGCUCACUAGACAGGCUAAUAAUUAUAUUUUUAUAAACAAAUUUGAUGAAAUAUCCUUUUUUCUCCUCUUUUGAAUCAAGCAGUGACUUUCUUGAAGUAUAUAAACUGUUUCCAUUCUUGUCCAUGGAAAAUAGCAGAUUGCCUCAAGAUGUUACAGAACAGUUCCUAAAAAUAAUUCUGGAAAUUUUUCAUUGAGCUGUGAGUUCCCCAUGUAUAUAAACUGUUUCCUAGAGUUAGAAAAAUUGAGUGAAAUGUGAAUUUAAUUGUAGCAGUUCUCAGGAAAAUGAAAUAGAAUUUAUCUUAAUUUCAAAGCAUUUAAUUCUUUUCUUUUCAUUGGCAUUAGAAUCUAUCACAUGACCUGCCAAUAGCUGCCUACAAAUAAGGAUCUGUUCCUGCAUAAUGUCAUUUAACUGAAUUUUGUUUCUGAUUUCUGCUCAUGGGUAGCUGUGUCCAUGCUUGUUUGUGAAAAAUAGCAGGUUGCCUGAAAAUGUUAAUGAGCAGUUCCUUAAAAAUAAUUCUAAAAAAAUUCAAUGUUAAAACAAUUAAUAUAAUUGAACUUGGCUGUGGCAAAAUAUUAUAAUUUGCCAGUGUCUCCAUGAUUAUGACUAUUUCCCACAGCCUUUGGAAUCUGCAACUAAUUGAACUGCAUGAAAUUUUUUAAAACCUUGUUAUUAUAAAUAAUUGCUAACCCUUCAACUCCCAAGAUCUUACUGUUAACUCUUCACUAUAGCUGUGACACAUUUCCAUGGUGUUAGAUCAAGAUAACAACUUCUACCUGACAAGUUUGAAUUUUCUUAUUACCUCUAUGGUUGACAAUGUAUGGAUAUUAUGGGGAGAAGUUACAUUUCAAUAACUUCUGAGAGUUAAAGGCUAAUUAAAACUUGAUGUGCAAUAUUAAAGCAUUCAUCUCCAGAAAUGAACACCAAAAAAAAGGGAAAUUCUACCAUUGCUUAGAUUUGUUUCAGAUAAUUAUUUCAUUAUAAUGGCUUAAUUCAGCUGAUUGACCCUUACACCCCUAGAGUGACUAGCAUCUAAUUUCUCCUUACAAUAUCACCUCUGAAUCAAACAUUAAGGUCAUGAGAAUAAAAGAAAUGAUCUCCAACUGAAGAACCUCUUGAUUGUGAAACAAAUUCUCCUUGUCAGCACCUUACGGAAUGUGCAGAGAUCAUUAUGGAGAAUAUGCAAUCCAUACUGAUGUAAGUUUCUUAUUUUAUUUUAGAUCAAGUUUACAAACAUACCUGGCAACUUUCAGUUUAUUGUGGCAUCAGUUUACUGGGUAAGUGAUUUAAAUGUUGGCGUUUGUAUACUGAUUGCUUAAUGUUUAUAGAUUUGAGGAAAAUAUAGCCAUAUACAUUAGUAAAAUGGAUGAGGAAUACUUUUUGCUUGGGUCAUGUUACAUAUGGCUUUUGUUCUUAUUUAUUACUUUAGACAUGCAGAAAGUAACUCUCAGUUGAGUGUCAGUUGCUAUGCUAUCUGAUAUUCAUGGCACUAGUGCUCAGUCUUUUGAUUGGUGUUUUAAGAAAUUGGUUUGUCUUUAAUAUUUAAUUGAUUUGUGUUUUCAAUUGGUAAAUUCACUUGUGUCUUGAGAAAACUUCUUUGUGUUUUGGUACAUGAAUCUGGUUUUGUGUUUGAUCCUUUUGGGCUACCAUAGAAAAAUUUCCAAAUCAGGAGAAGCAAUCAAAGCUAUAACAGCAUUUUAUCUACAAGUGAAGCCUCAGGGUCAAUCAUCACUCUUCAUCUGUAGUGCAAUCACCCAUGAUGUAAUUGAUAUUCAGUUUGUGACCUGAUUCCUUUAUGGUCAACAAAGAACUCAAUUGCAAUGAAAUUUGCCUCUCCCUCAAUAUCAAAGAUUUUCAAAGGAAGGUUACCUGUGAAGAUCAUUCUUUGCAUGUUUUUUUAGUGGUUGGCUUUUUCUGAAUUUUUUUAAAAUAAUCAUUAGUCUAAUGAUCAUAAUCUGAAAUUAAAUCGUGUGCUCUUCCAAUCAUUCUUGUUUUUGACUAAUUCCUUCCCCCUCCCUAUUGGCGGAGAACAGCAUUUUGGUUGGGGAGAAAUUCAGCCAAGACCCUCAAACUCUGACCCUAUAAAGACCUUGAAAACCACACUUUGUUUGGCAGUACAAAUAACCCCCCACCUCCCCUCCCUUCCCACCUCUUUGGUCAAGGAGAGGAAUAUUGUUCUAGUAACGCAACGGACUCGGGCACUAUCAUGUCACGUUACAUGACGUAAUGUGCAUGUAACUUAACGCUGCCUCAUACAACGUGCUGUAACGCAACGUACUGUAACGCAACGUGCUGUAACGCAACGUGCUGUAACGCAACGUGCUGUAACGCAACGUGCUGUAACGCAACGUGCUGUAACGCAACGUGAAUUCAUGAGUUCAUUAGACAUUUUUGGCUUUUUUAGCUUCAUUUACGGAAGACUUCGAUAAAGAAAUGACUGAACACACGGAUUCAACUGAGCACGAUGCUUUAGCUUCGGUAAAUGCAGAUUUUGUGAACAGUUUAUUAAAUGUAAAGCGGGAGAGAGAUAAAGCGAUAUCCAAUGAGGUGAGAUCGCAGGUGCAAAACGAGUGCAAAGCUUUUGGCGGCGAGGAGUUGGAGAAACAGAAAUGGGAAGAUGCGGCAAAAAUGAUCGCUUUUCAUAGAGCGAAGGAGAAAGAAGGAACAGAGAACAGUGAAAGUAAAAGGAACAAGUUACAACAGGAACAGAAGAGAUUGAAGGACGAUUGGAUGCGAGAAGAAACAGAAAAGAAACGGCAGCUGGAAGAACUUCGCCAGGUUGAGAAAAACAAGGCGAAAGAAGAAGCAGAUAAACUGAUUUCUCUGGAGAUGCAAAAACGAAUAGAGACCGAAAUGGCUAAGCAACAAGAAACAAAAGAUGUUUUUGCUAAAGAACAAGAACGUAGAUUACUGGAGGAAGCGAAGCAGGCAGCUGAAGAACAGAAACGGCUGGAAAAGCAAAAAGAGGUGGAGAGGGAAAAAUUGAAACAUUUGGAACAGGAAAUGGAACGCGCGGAACACGAGCAGAAGCGUAAACUGGAAGAGCAGAAGAAACAGGAAGAAGAUUGGGUUCAGUUUGCGCAAGAGAUGAAACAGAAACAAGAGGAAAAGACCAGAGAAGAAGCUGAGAAACAGCGACAAUGGCAGAGGGAUAAACAUAAAGAAAACGAGGAGAUUAGUCAGUUUGUGGAAAGACGGAAAGCUUUGGAAUCACAGAGAAGGAAAAUGUUUGAUGAGGAAAGGGGUAAGACGUCCGAGGAGGCCCGCUUGUUGGAGUCGGGUGUACGACAACAGUUUUUGGCGAAGCAGGAAAAGGUCAUCACGGAAUUGUUACAAAAUGAUCUGGUGAAGGAUGAGGUCAGAAAGCGAGAGGAAGCGGAGAUAAAGAGAAAAGAGUGCGAAGAGAGAAGGCAAGAAGAUGAUAGGAGAAAGCUAGAGCUUGAAAAGCAACUAAUGGCUGCGGAGAAGGAAAAGAGGGAAAAAGAGCAAAGGACGAAAGAGGAGGAAUGGAAAAAAUAUCUUGAUCAAUUGAAACAGAAAGAAGAUGAAAAAGUUCAGAGGGAUACUGAACAACAAAAGCGUAUGGCAGAACAGAGAAAAGAGGACGAGCAGAAAGCUGCUGAGAUGGCCGAAACACAACGACGUGCCAGAGAACAACGUCGUAAAGAAGAGCACGAAGCUAUGAAGACUGCAGAAAGACGAAGGCUUGAACAAGAGCAGAAACGCAAAGAACUCGAACAAGAACGCGAAGAAUCAAAGAAAAGAGUGUUACUUCAAGAUCAGGAGAAAAGAGAACAAGAAAGAGCCAAGCAAGAAUUAGCGAUGCGUAAACAAGAGCAGGAGGAACGGUUGAGAGAAGCUAACAAAGAAAAGCAAGAACAAGAAGCACGAAAGCUUUUAGAAGUUCAGCGAAGGAGGCUUGAACAAAGCGAGACACAAGCUGCUGUGAACGAGGCGGAGCUUCUUGAGCAGAAGAGCAGGAAGGAUGAAAGGUCCAAAGGGGCAAUUGACAGUGGGAAGAUGCUGUUGGAGGAGACUCGCAGGCUAGAAGAGAAGUUUCGGGAAGAGGCGGAGAGGAAGAAACGAGAACACGUGGAAAUGCAGAAGAAGGAGUUACUGGCCAUGAAAGAGGCUGAAAAUGAGCUGAUGAGACGAGCGCAAGCUCUGAAAAAGCAAAGUUCGUUCCGCAAUGAUCAGCAAGCUUCUUCUUCAGCUGGUACAGACAACGGAGGAGAUAGAUCACGAGGAGAACGUAAGAAAGGAUUUUUUGCGUCACUUUUUGGACGUAAAUAAUAGUUAAUCGUUUUGCGUGACAAGAUCGUGGGUCAAAUCACGGCAGACAAGUUCCAAAUUUGAAUGCGCUAAACCUUUUAUACCUUAAUAUCAGUACCGAUAUUCUCCAUAAUCCUCUUCAUACAUUUUCUUUGGUACUGACAAGGAGAAUUUGUUUAUCAAUCAAAGCUUGGCUUAGGUUGGUGUUCAUUUCCUUCAUUUUUUGUGGCGCAGUAAAAAGCGCCAAGCAUUUAAUCAAGUGGCUAAAUCAAACGAGUUUACGCAAUGUUCUGGCAAAAAAUUUUACAUAUAAGAAUUUUCAACCUAGGAUCGUCAUGGUCAAUUUUGUAAAACUGUUUUAUCAAUGUCAGCGUCGAAUAGGAAAAACGUUUUGUUAUGAGAUUUUCUCAAAGAAGAAGUUGCUCGAGGUAUAGUAAAUAACUUGAAUACACUGUAUGCCAUUGAGCGAAACUUAAAAAUAUUUGAAUUAUACGCCCUAUAAAAUUUCCGGAGUUUAUUUCACUAAGUGAAAAUUUUUUCUUGACGAAUUUUCAUUAAAAUUUAGGAAGACGAUUUCAACUAUCGAAUAAAAUAUUGCUGAAGUGUUUAAGAAUACUCAGAGAGCGUCGCGUAAACAGCUCGUGAUGAGGACAACUUGUUUCUCUGAAAGAGACUGUUACAGACUGUUUCCCCCAAGCGAGCUUUGCAUAAGUCGCGGCGCUAUUCCUAAGAUAACGCGGAAUGUCUUGGGAUCUUCUUCUAAUGGUUUUCUUGCACGUAAAUUAUCUAUGCCUCAUGAUGAGGAAAAAUCAAAUUAAUUUGUCUGCUUUGAAUACUGCUGACAUGUUAAAAUAUAUAAAGGUUAUAUUUCAGGGACCAGUCGUUUUUUUAUCGCGG